AUGGCCGGUCAUCACGACCCGAAGCUGCUCUACGCGAUCAAGGGAAUCAAGGCGCACCACAUCCAGGACGGCACCGAGCAGGAACUCACGCCAUCGGGACCUCAGACCCUCUCCCUUCUCAUGGUUCCUACCAGCUCGCCCUUCGCCGACCUUAGCACCACGAUUCCUCAAAAUGAAGCGCCUGAAGAGGACUUCUACCUGCAUCUCAACCUUCCGCCCGAGCUCGACCUACCCUUACCCGCUACGACCCAAAUCUACCACCAGCCGCCUUCCAGCUACCUGAUUCCCAGGUGGGACCUAGGCCCAGGUGUAGGAGCAUUCACCAAGAUCGAAUUCCCUCCUAUCGGCUAUGGCGUCACGCAAGAGGAUGUGGAUACAUUUGAGACCAUUCUGGCACAGUGCACUGCCUUCCUCGAGCGAGCACGACCUCCACUGCCUUCACGUGCCAGCGAGAAGGGUAGAUACAACCCACAAGAUUAUGCGCCUGGGGGAAGCUAUGCGGUAGAUGAGAAGACGGGCAGGAAACAUGGCGAAAUCGUCCUGAUCGAUGAAGACGAUGGCUCAGUCGUGGGCGAGCUUGGUGAAGGUGCUCAGGUGAUCGAAGACCCAAAGCUGUUGGCUGGAUCUAAAGAUCCCGUGGAAGUGCAAGUAAGUCAGGAUGGAAAGCGCAUUGAGGUUCGUCCUGUAUCAGAGGACUAUUUGAGAAUGGCGCGGCAUCCGGCCUACAAGAACAGCAACCUGGUCCAAAGAGCGGCAACUGCGUCGCGCCUGAUUGUCACCACCAGCUCUUCGCUUGGAAACAUGCUCACCAGUGGUGCGGAAAACUUCACACAGAAGACGAAGCCAGUCGCCAAGCCAAUGGAGUUCUCACCAGCUACACAUCAGCGUGUCAGGAAGAUCAAUACGUUCACUAGCGGAGCGGCAAGUGUUUCGAACAAGACAGUUGGUAACAUCACGACCACUGUGCAGAAUCUCGCAGCAAAGGCUUCUGGGCACAAGAAAGAGAAGCCGCACAAAGGAUAUGAUGAGAAGGGCAGACCUCUUGAACAAGAAGAGUACAAAGCUGGUCUGCUGAACAGAUCCAUGAUCGCCUUCAGCACCGUCAUGGACGGCAUUGCGACUAGCGGCAAGUCCUUAUUAGAGACGAGCGGAGUGGCUGCAAGCACUAUGGUCGGUCACCGUUACGGCGAAGAGGCCGGCUCUAUUGCCGCAAGCCUUGCUGGCGGUGUCAAGAACGUGGGACUGGUCUACAUCGAUGUGACAGGCGUGUCGCGACGUGCCGUGAUCAAGUCUGUCGCCAAAGGAAUGGUCAUCGGCAAGGUGCGCGGCGGAGGUGAAGUCGUUGUUGGUGGUGGCGACGGCGGUGUCGUCCCCGAUGAAGAUGUGAAGCGAGCGGAAGCUGCACAGGGCGUUUCUAACGAGAAGGGAGGCUUUCAGCCUGUCAGUGAGGCGUACAACCCGGUUGGCUUCGGUUCUUCGGCUCCUCCAAAGGUAUGUGCAUCUAGUGUCUGAUGGCGAACGCGUCGACUGACCUCCAUCUGCAGUACCAAGAGUUCGGUCAGCCUGGCAAACAGUAG